AGACCCGGCGCGGAAGUUGGUGGCGUCCGUGCGCCCUCCGGUCGAGGCCCACGGCCAUGUCCUCAGGGGGCGCCGGGACUGGCGGGCGCGAGGGGGCCCCGCGCACGGCUGCGGCGCUCUGUGGCCUGUACCACGAGGCCGGGCAGCGGCUGAGGCGCCUGCAGGACGAGCUGGCAGCGCGGGAUGCCCUCAUAGAGCGCCUCCGCGCCCGUCUGGCCGCGCUCGAGGGGGACGCGGCGCCCUCGCUCGUGGACGCGCUGCUGGAGCAGGUGGCGCGCUUCCGGGAGCAGCUCCGGCAGCGGGAGGGCGGCGCCGCGGAGGCCGCGCUGCGCCAGGAAAUUGAAAGGCUUUCCGAGCAGUUAGAAGAAAAAGAGAAGGAGAAGCAGCAGCUGAUGAGCCAGCCAGAGCACGAGCGAGAGAAGGAAGUCGCCCUGCUGCGGCAGAGCGUGGCGGAGAAGGAGCGAGCCCGCGCUGCCAGCGACAUUCUGUGCCGCUCGUUGGCAGAUGAGACCCAUCAGCUGCGGAGGACUCUGGCCGCCACCGCCCACAUGUGCCAGCAUCUGGCCAAGUGUCUGGAUGAACGACAGCGCGCACAGGGGGACUCGAGGGAGAAAAGUCCCGAGCCAGAGCGUACAGGUGGGGACGCCUGUGUCCAGGAUGUUAUCGAAAAGUUACAGGAAGAAAAUCGACUGUUGAGACAGAAGGUGACUCAUGUGGAAGACCUUAACGCCAAGUGGCAGCGCUACGACGCCAGCAGGGAUGAGUAUGUGCGGGGGCUCCACGCGCAGCUUCAGGGGCUGCAGGGCCCCCGCGAGCCCGAGAGACCCUCGCCCCCCGAGAUGAUGAGGAAGGAGAUCUCCAGGCUCAACAGGCAGCUGGAGGAGAAGAUAAACGACUGUGCGGAAGUGAAGCAGGAGCUGACGGCCGUGAGGAGGGCCCACGACGCGGCGCUGGAGCGGGUGCAGAUGCUGGAGCAGCAGAUCCUCGCUUACAAGGAUGAUUUCACCUCGGAAAGGGCCGAUCGCGAGCGGGCUCAGGGGCGGAUUCAGGAGCUGGAGGAGCAGGUGGCCGCCCUGCGGCACCAGGCGGCCCGCAGGCAGGACUGCCGCGAGCCAGGCUCCUGCUGGAUGCACACGGGGAGCGCGGCCCCCCAGUACCUAGAGACCGAGGCCUUGGAGCUUGUGGCACCCAGUGGCUGGAGGGCCGGGACUGGAUCUCACGGGCCGGACUUCCCCGCGGAGGGCAGGUGCCCAGGAGCGACCCGGAGGGGUCAGGGGGAGCUUCAGUGCCCUCACUGCCUGCGGCACUUCGAGGACGAGCAGGGCGAGGAGCUCUUCAGACAUGUGGCUGAGUGCUGCCAGUGACCCUGUGGCUUCGGAGGGGGCUCGGGCCCGGGCGGCGGGGGCAGAGAUCCCCCGAGACCCGGGGCCCAGAAAAGGCCGAGGGGGUUUCUGAUCCUUCACUCGGUCAUCCUUGAACGG